GCUGUUUAAACCACACAGGAAAUGGUUUUAGCCUACCAGGAAGAAGCUGAAGAUGUAGAAAAAGUAGCACAACAGUAAUGUGGGGGAAGGGUAUGUGUGCUACGCUUGGUUCUUGAAGAUUAACAGCUAUUUUUACACUAUAUAUUUGUUCCAUCUGCAAAGAUUAUACAGCUUGAGAAAUGCUGUAUGAAAGAUUUCUCCCUGAGCAGAGGUCGAAGUAUUAUUAAUGACAGUGUUUGUAUUACACUUAGAUACUUGGAGAAACCAGGACCAAAUAGCACAUACCAGCAUGAUGCAGGGGAAGAUUUUCGAGUGGGAAUCCUAGCUGCGAUUGGAUGGUCACGUCCUUACCAUCACACUGUGAGGGCUUAAAGCAUUUAACUGCAGGAUACGGAGGAAGGUUUUUGUGUGGGAAUUCCACUGUCACAACUUGAUGUAUGUCCCUAGCAUUCCUUUGCCACACUGUAAAACAAUAACAGGAACUGAAUCCAGUGACAGGCAAAAUUAAAAAGAAAAAUAAAUGGAGCAGUGUUUGCUCCGGUUAUCUUCCUUUUGUGGUGGAAUUCUGCCCUUGUGAAUUCUGAAUUCCUGCCUACUAUUCUGGCCAUCAGCUUACCAGUAUCAAAGACAGACAGAGGGAGAGCUUUUUGCAUGGUAGUUAUAUACUGAGUGGAUUUAUUGUUCUGUCUUUCCGUCUAGUGGAAGAUUUCCAGUACUGUAGUACCUGCAGAAAUGGUUUCACCUCUGAGUAAGUGCUGCUCUUCUAAUAAUAUAAAAUGUAACUGCAGCUGCUCUUUGACUUCUUCACUUUAACAGACGUGUGAAUAAUGGACAGGAUCAUAUUGAAGUUGAAACCUGCUGCUCUUUUGUUCAGAUAGAUCUGAGGAACUGGACCAACUGAGGCUACACACAGAACAUCACCACAUGGGUUCUUUAGAAAGCACAAAAUCCCACUUCGCAGAGGAGAAGGCAGUGAGCUGUAGGAGACAAGUCAGAUUCAAAUGAACAUUAAUUUCUGACAGCCCUUAUAUUACUCUGUAUGGAGUGAAGUUUACAGGAUAAACUGCAUGCUUUUUAACAUCAGAGUGAAUUUCCAACUCAUCUCAAUGAAACUAGACAUUUAUUCCAUUUGUCUGAUAAUCCGUGGCCUGGUGUGUGUUGUGGUGUUCAUUUUUGGAGCAGACAAAGUUCCUGACAUUUAUAGCAUUUAGCGAACAGGAAGUCAUAAAAUGGAUGCCACAAGGCAAAAUAUGAUCCCUUCUACCCUAGGUACUGCUGGAAUGGCUGUCCUGGGAGAUAUUACUCUGUCCAUGGUGAACUCCACUCUCACCCAGAUUUAUAAUGCAAUCCAAGACUUGAAUCAAAAAUUUGACAGUCUAACCCAGAGGGUCAGAGUUCUAGAAAACAGGCUGGAUGCAAUGCAGGAUGCUUCAAAGCAAUCUGAGGUAAUCUCAAUGAAGGCGUUGGCGGCAGUCUCGGUGGUCGUUAAGGAAAACAAUCUGCUGCGACAGCGCUUGGAAAGCCCUGAGAAUUUAACCCGGCCUAAACAUGUCAGCAUCCCAGAAGGGAACAAGGGAGACAGCACUUCAGUUGGUUUACCAGAAAGUUUUGAAGAUGUAGCCAUCACCUUUUCAACAGAAGAGUGGGGAUUACUGAAGGAGCAGGAGAAGAAGCUGUACCGAGAAGUGAUGGAAGACAACUAUGAAACCAUGGUUUCAGUGGCACGGUCCCAGGACCUUGUAGUAGUUAAAACUGAGAUGGCUGAAGGGUUCCCCAUUAAUGGAGUCAGUACGUCAGAGACUGGUCAACAAGCAUUCCCCAAGGAGUUCCUUCUUGACUUUUCAGAGACUGCAGAGUAUGAGAAGAAUCUCCAGGCUGAAUCGGAUGUCUCUCAAAGGAGCCACACAGCAGAUAUGCAGCUAAAAUGCAACGAAUGUGGGGAGAGAUUGCCUUUCUACACUGAUGGGUUUAAUGCAACUGAUGCACUUUUGCUGUGUCCUCACUGUGGUGGUUUCACAGGGCUUUCUCAUCGAGAACCAGAGAAGCAGAACUGCAUUACAAAGCAGGAGCUAAAAUGCAGUGCCUGUGGGACAGGACUAACAGAGUUGCCCCCCUUGUCUGAAUUCCAGUGGGGUGACACAGGGGAGAUCCAUUGUUUAUGUGUUGACUGCGGAACAACAGAUUCAUGGCAGGCUUCUGUCCAACCUCCACAGCAGCCCACUCCUCCAGUACAGUCAGAAAGCUCAGCAGAAGAGAAGCCAUUCAAGUGUACAGACUGUGGGAAGAGCUUUAUCCUACGCUCCAACUUAUCUGUUCACCAGUUGAUUCACGCCAGGCAAAAAUUAUUCACCUCUACAGAAGCUGGAGAUUCGAAGACUGAUAACCCCACAGUUACAGAACCGCUUAUGAUUUUUAAUUCAGAAAAGGAUUUAGAUGAUUCUAAAACUAACAGAAAUUUUGUAAUGCCUGAACUUUCAACUCGUCAGUGGAUUCGUACAGAAGAUAAACGAUAUCAGUGUUUAGAAUGUGGGAAACGUUUUCCAUACAAAACAGUUCUUGUCAGACACCUGUGCCAUCACAAAGUACAGAAAACAUUUGAGUGUACUGACUGCGGAAAGGUCUUCACAAGGAGACAAGCUUUUUUAACCCACCAGAAAAGUCACAAAGGAGAAGCUGUAGAUAAGUACAGAUGCAGUGAAUGUGACACAUCUUUUGUUCUAAAAUCAGAUCUUUGCAAGCACUUGCGAACUCACACAGAGGAAAGGCUUUUUAAAUGUUCCGAGUGUGGGGAGACCUUUGUCGAUAGCACAGCACUUCUACAGCAUCAACAGUCUCACACAGGGGAGGCACAGUUUGUGCACAGAGAGAGUGGCAGCAAUUUUGACCCAACAGGUUCACUUUGUCCCCAGCUUCAGCAGCAACCAACAGAGAAUACAUUUAUGUGCACAGAAUGUGGGAAGAGCUUUUUUAAUAAAGCUGCUUUUGCACUUCACCAACAGGCUCACUUCAGAGAAAGACCUUUCAUAUGUAUGGAAUGCGAUAAGACUUUUGUAACUAAAGAGGAUCUUUGUGAACAUGUACAGGCUCACAGAGCAGAGAAGAAGCCAUACAAGUGUUCCUUCUGCGGGAAGAGUUUCUUGUGGUUAUAUGGUCUUCAGGCACAUCAACGGACUCAUGUUCAGGAGAAGGCUUUUUAAUGUGCUAUGAGGCUGUGUGAGGAGUCUCACUUUCCUCCAUCAUCUAACAACCACACUUGUAUUAGGCAACCUUUAGAGUAUAAAUGAGACUGCAUUUAAAGAGGACAAGAUAUCUUCAGAAAUUUUGCUCAUAUUUAAACGUAUCAGUAUUUAACUAUGCCUGAAUAAUGCGUAUGCAUGUAGAUGUGAGUGUGUGUGUGUGUGUGUGUGUGUGUGUGUGUGUGUGUGUGUGUGUGUGUGUGUGUAACAGAUUUGCUUUAUCUUAUUUUAAUUCGAAGCAUUCAUUCGCAUUUCUACGUAUGGAACUUGUGAUGUGCUACUUUAUAUCAACAUUUCUGGAAACAUCUCAUAAUUAGCAUUUAAUUUGAGAUCUGGCAUAAUUAAAAAGUUAGAUCUAUUGUUAUACGUUCUCCAUAAAAUAAAAAUAGCCAUGAGGAUGAUAUUCUUGCAUUAUUUACUGCUUAUUCAGGUAUAGUUAAAUGUAAUUUUUUGAAGUCUGAGGGAUUUUUUUGUAACAAAAGCUUUGCCAGUUGCUGCCAUUCAAUACAAGUGUGCUGUCUUCUUUAACUGUACCACUGCAAUUAUCUAAAUGUGCCAUUUCUGUUUCUUGAGAUGGCAGAAGUUUUGUUUUUUCUUAGUAGAGAUACUGCCGUUAACCUCUGAGUACAGUAUGCCAUGGUAUACUUAGUAAAACUGCAAGGGCAAAUCUGUAUGUUGAUUUCAUGUUUAGAUCAGGACCACUGUUAAAUGUGUCUGAUGCAGUCUGGCACAGUCUCCUUAUCAAGAUGUGGUCUCAAUGAGGGUCAGAAGAGACCUUAUUCAUCAUUCUAGUUCUAGAUGUUUCAUUUAGGUGUUUUCAUGAAAAGAUUGAGGCCAGGAUUUGAACGUAAGCUGGUUUAUCAGUACAAAAAUGUUUCAUAAUUUAAAGUCACAGUAUAACAGCCAUGUUUUUUUUCCUUCAGUACUUUAUGAAAAAACUAAGAUGUCUCUGCUGUUUGGUGCUAUUUAUUUUACCUCAGAUCAGCCUAGUCAUGAUGAGUUUCUCAUCCUUUUUACUUAGACUUUGUGUGGGCUUGAUCACUGAAGCUGUGUUGGCCCCAGGACUUAAACAGGGAACAUUUAUGAGGCAGAUGGUGUAUCAAGCACAUGUAUAAAAUGUGAGCCGCUGGAACUGGCAGAUUAUAACUUUAAAUGAUGUGGAAGGUAAAGGAAUAAGAACAGAGAGAACUCCAUUCAUGACAGUUUGUUAAUAAUUUAACCAACAUUCCCCAUUUGGUGGUGUCUUUCAUACCUUUUGUAGCUAGAAUCUGCAAGCUGAAGCCUUUCUGUAAGUAUUUUGUCCUGUCUCGUUAGCUAAGUAUUCAUUUUCUUGCCUUUUUUUCUUUUUUCCAAGGAAAGGCCAAUAUGAUAAGUUCCAUGCCAUAUUUCUUGUGAAUAGUUACUAUAGAAAACCCAUCCUUGACUACACUGCUGGAUUGUAUUACUAGAAGCUUGUAUUAUAAUGCCAUUAUUCCAUAUCCACGUUCUUGGAGAAGACACGUGUGUAGCACAAGUCAUCAGAAGAGAUUUUGUAAAUGUGAAUUUUGCACAUUUAACCUAAUAAGCCAUUAAUUGCAAUCAUAAAUAUUGUUUUUUGAAUAUCUUAUACAGAACACACACGCACGACCUGAGGAGAAUACUCAGAGCAUCAGAGUUUUUUUUAAGCAGUUAUGUAGCACAGAUGUUUGUUCAGUAGUGGAUACCUUUAUGUACAUGCAGUGGCAGUUAACCAUAAUUUGGCAGUGUCAGAGCAACAGAAAUGUCAUAUAUAUCUGUCUCAGUUCUGUAUUAUGAGAAGGCCCCUAACCCCCAUGGUAAUUUACCCCUGCCCAGCAGUGUUCAGCCACAUUCAUCAAGCAGCAACCUAUUCAGUAAAGUUAGCAACAUUGUCAGUCUGAGGCAGAGAAAGAGUUUGUCUACUUGGUCUCUUCCGGGAUACUGUCAGUUGCAUGACUAUUUUAUAAAUCACCAUAUUCUCUUGACAAGCAGGUACAUUCCCCUUAUAUUCCUCUGUGAAUAAUAGUACAGAGUAUCCCUUAAGCGUCUCCACUUCAGUCCUAACACCUUGCGUGAUUUUUUUCCAAUUUUCUUCACAGUGGUGUCACCCAAAUUAUUUUCUUUGAUACACAUAUGCAGAAUCUGAUUCUUUUGUCUGAUCUUUUUUUCUUACAUGGUGUUAGUUUCUUCUCUGUCCUGAUAGUCUUGCUAUUUAUGUGUCUGGAUCCCUACAUUCCUUUCCCUGUGGAUUUUUAUAUCUAACAGACUACUCAAUCAGACUUCAUCAUGGAUUCCUUGUAUUUCGUACAUUAUGAUGCCAUUGUAGCACACAUUUUCAUCCCUUUUUCAUUUUUCAUGGUUACUUUCAUUAGACAAGUAAAAUAAAUUGUUUGAGGAUGCUAUACGGCUCAUAUCUCUGCCACACCCACAUUGUGCUCCACCAGGCAGAACAGAUACAACUUUAUUUUCUGUUUUAUUUUCCCAUUCUUUUUGCUUACCUCCUUUUAGACUGCUGAUAUUUAUCUCAAACUUAAAGUGGUUUUCUGAGGUUCGAAGGUAACAUUAUUAAACUCUGUAUUUCUUAGAUGACAGUUUAUCCAUAACCCCUCAGGCCGUAGAUUUGUUAAAAAUUUUGGGCCUGCCUUUUCUGGGCCCAUACUUGGGCAGUACGGUGUUCACCACAACAGGAGCCAUUGUGGAUUUCUGAAAGUAGCUUCAUUACACAUUACUUUUCCCUGAGCUGUACGUUAACUUUGAAGCAGUCCAGCUGUUUCGUACUGCAACACUUAGCAAAAUUGACACACUGAAUGUCAGUACAGAGUGCUGUGGCAAAAAGGUCAGAAAUCUUUUUUUUUUUUUUUUCUCUUGACUGAGCUACAGUGUUCCUUAUUUCAACCUGUAACCAUUUUUAGUUUGUUUAAGCAAGCAGUAAUGCCUGGCAGGGUGGAUGUUAUUAAGGAAAUAAUAAACCACCCAGGGGUGUUGUGAGGCCCGACACUGCAAGUGUCCUACAGUAGAAAACCACUUGUUUAUUUAAGCAACUUCCCACACCUUAUACCAUGCACACUGCAGUAGUAAACAAAAAAGCAAUACAGCCAUUCAUUUCUGUGCCAUUGUUUUUCCACUGCAGAAAUUAAUGCUAGUAAUGCAUUACCAGUCAAUCAACAUCUCCUGACCGGCCAAUGAAUCAGCAUCUCCUGACCGUGUCCCCUUCUUGACACCCUAGCUAUGUUCUGCCUCCUCCUAUUUAAGAGUUGCUGUAGCAUAUGUCAUUGUUUUCGGAGGAAAUAUUUUAUGUCAAAAAUAUAAGUUAUGUAAAUAUUUAAUAUCUACACACACACACACACAGACACAUGCAAUGUGCCCAGCAGUUAGUCAUUCUCUUGAUAGAGGGCAUCUAAGAUGUCUCACAAUGAUGAAAUGAAUAGAAGAUUCAUACAACAUAACCCCCCCCCCAAUGCCGGACUUGUUUUUUCACCAGGCAAUAUCUGUACAUUGAUACCUCGUUGGAGAACAUUUGUCCUCUGGUAGAGUAUCAUUGCACAUUUCACCCAUUAUGUAAUCUUUUGUAACAGCCUUUCCACUCCUUAUUGCUUUAGAUCAUGUGCAUUGUGGAGUGUUAGACCAUGCUGGGGGUCAUGUGACCUGAUUUAUCCAGAUGGUGGCUUAGAAAGUAUUACUGACAUGAAAAGUUAACACUACGUGACUCCAAUGGAUUCUGUAAAAAAUACCAUAUUAGCAGCAAGAUUCCUCCCUUUACACACAGGAAAAAAAAUUGUGACUGCCUUUCUCACUUACUUUGCAUACUGAAGAGGUGAGUGAGCAUUCUUUGUUUGUGUUUUCAAAAUGCUACUCUGUGUCUACUACACUCAAUUCUAGCAAAAAGAACAAGAAACAAUCUCAUUCUGUUACACCCAUGUACAAAAAUAUAUGCAGCUGCUCAUGUAUUCUCGAGUGUCUCAGAAUUCAAAAGUAAAAAAUGAUGUAAUUACAUAAUAGGUGUCUACGGUGAGAGUUAUGAAUUAAUAAACUUCAUUCCAUCCUGUGUGUUCUCCUUAGGAUCAAACUGACAAGUCAAACUUAAACCCCUGUGUAACUCUCUCACACUUGGAGGAUAUAAUAAAUGUAGCCCACUAUUCAUAGUUGCCUUGUGAAGUAUGAAAGAUGAAGAGACUGCAAGGAACCACCAUGAAAAUUAAAUGCAAAGAUUUAAUAUAAAACGAGCGCUUUCACGCACACUCAGGUGCGCUUCAUCAGGUUACAAUUAGACAAGAAAAGCCGCUUUCUUUUAUACAGUGACAGAACUUUCAAUUAAACAAUCAAAAGCAGUAAUUAGACAAUUUAAAGAUACAAUGUGUCCAAAACUUUUUAAAGGCACAGUUCUUCCUGAUAACUGACGAUAUUAAAAUCCAAACCUUUAAAAAUACCCUACAUAAAAGCUACAUGGUUCAUCAUUUAUUAGCAUGAGUUAAUGAAAUAUAAAUCAUUAAAAACUUCUGUGUACAUUAUUCAUGGAUUUAAAUGGCAAAAUCAGUCAGUAUCUUACAUUAUAAAUCAUAAGCGAUACUUAUUAGGAGCUUGGUUUACAUCCCAAUAUAUCAAUCCAAAAACAGAAGACCAUGUUUAGCUAAUAGCACCCGUAAUUUACAAACAAAUACUGUUUGUUUAUUUAUUUACCUAAUUAAAAAACAUAGCAUAAAAUACAUUAAAAAAUAAAUCACAUGAUUUCAUCAGAUAAACCUAUCCAUCAUAAAAAUAAUAAAAUCUCCCAGAACCAAAAGAUAUGCCCAGUUGAUUUUAAGCAUAUAUGAAUGUUGCAACUACCGGCUAGCACCAAAUAUUAGCUCGUUAGUCAUGUAAAAAUGUAUAUGUAGACAGAUGAAACAUCAGUCAAAUUUGCGAUCAGGUAUGUUAGCAGUAAUACCUACAGUCUACGACUGAAACCAAUACAUAUUUAAUAGAUAUUCGCAAUUCAUAUAACAAACUAAUCAUGCCCACAUAGUAAUACUGAACAUAUCAUAAAAGUCGUUUACUCUACUUAGUGCGCCAUAUUGUCUCAUACUAAAAUUAUCAAUUAAGGCAAUACGUGACGCAAAUGAACAAAAGCUCAAAAAGCCAUUCAACAAUGGGUGAUUAUGUAUUAAUAAUAUAAAAUCUAGUUCAUAGAAAAAGCCAAAAAGCCAAACAAGGUGGCUAACCUAGAAUGUGGGGGUUACAUAAUCAAGAUGUUAAUAUUGACAAGGACAUGGGGUCACAGCCAAAUAAAUAAAUAAAUGAAAGGCAGGUAAUGUUAACUAUAUUAAGAAGAUCCUG